GAGCUUCAGGAAAUAUAGGCAGCAUCCACCCCGUUUCAACGCUCACUCAUGAGCGCUACCCACAGCAGCGAUUACAACACUGUUGCUACAUUAAUCCAAGAGACAACCGGCGUGCUAAAAUAGAAAAAUAAACAGUCGUCCGUUGACAUUGUAGAUUAGAUCCAAUGUCAUUGCAACCAGCAAUGUUGGUGAGAUUUGCAAUAGCGCUCUUGGUGCUUUCAGUUUUUGAGCAAGUAGUGGGGACGGAUAUGAUCGAUUUUCACGAAAACCCACAAGAAAAACCGGCAAGCCAGAAAGGACGUCUUUCCUUACAAAACACAGCCGAGAUCCAGCACUGCCUGGUGAGCGCAGGCGACGUGGGCUGCGGCGUGUUCGAGUGCUUCGAGAACAACUCCUGCGAGAUCCAGGGCCUGCAGGAGAUCUGCAUGACCUUCCUGCACAACGCCGGCAAGUUCGACUCGCAGGGGAAGUCCUUCAUCAAAGACGCGCUCAAGUGCAUGGCCCACGGCCUGCGCCACAAGUUCAGCUGCGUCAGCCGCAAGUGCCUGGCCGUCAAGGACAUGGUGUCCCAGCUGCAGCGCGAGUGCUACCUCAAGCACAACCUCUGCGCCGCCGCCAAGGACAACGUCAACGUCAUGGUGGAGAUGAUCCACUUCCAGAACCUCUUCCCCAAGGGGCCGUACGUGGAGCUGGUGAACAUCCUGCUGGGCUGUGGGGAGGAGGUGAAGGAGGCCAUCAGCAGGAGCGUGCGGCUGCAGUGCGAGCAGAACUGGGGCGCCCUCUGUGAGACCCUCAGCUUCUGCUCCACCCUCACCCCCGCCCCGGACCGUCGCCACGGCGCCCCCCCGCACCCAGACGCCGAGCACCCCAAGAUCCUGCGGCAAGCGGACAAAGACAAGCCAGGCAAGGGCCCCCACCACCACCGGGGGCGCGGCACUGGACACCGCCGCCCCGGGCCAGACGGGGGCGCCACUGAGCAGGAGGACCCCGAGACCAGCGACAUCAGGAGGUGAAAGAGCGGAGGCCACUGCCCCCCCCACUACCCCCCCCCCCCUCG